CUGUGUGAGGGGAGCAGGGGUGUUGGAAAGUCCCAGGCAGGUGUGUGGGUCUGCAGGGAGGGGGUGGCCCUACCCCUAAGGUAUGAAAGCCCCUGCCCCCCGGGCGUGGUGCUGAGUCUGGAUGGGGACACGGGGACUGCAGGGCCAGGGUGGGAGGCCCCAGGGGAGGGGCUGCCUCUUGCUGGCCGUGGCUGGAGCUGCUUCCCUGGUGACCCUGCUGUUGGCAGUGCCCAUCACUGUCCUGGCUGUGCUGGCCUUGGUGCCCCAGGAUCAGGGACGUCGGGUUGAGAAGAUCACUGGCUCGGGAGCACAGGCUCAAAAGAGACUGGAUGACCACAAGCCAUCUUGCCUCCUGCCCUCACCCUCCAGCGUCUCAGGGGCUCCUGACCCCCGUCUGAGUCCCGAGAUGCCCUCUUCUUCCAAGAAUCUAGGCUCCCCAUCCCAGGGGCCUGUUGCACAGUCCUCUCAGGAGGCAUCUGCGCGGGUGGCCACCCAGCCUCCAGCCGUGAAUUCUUCACCAGAUCCAGGGGUUCAGCGGCGGCCGAAGGGGGAGCCAGAAACGGAGCUCAGCCCCGAGCUUCCCGCUGCUCACCUAAUUGGCGCUUGGAUGAGCGGGCAAGAGCUCGGCUGGGAGGCGAGCCAAGAAGAAGCGUUUCUGAGGAGCGGAGCGCGGUUCUCCCGCACGGACGGGCUGGCGCUGCCGCUGGACGGCGUCUAUUACCUCUACUGCCACGUCGGGUACCGGGGCAGGGCGCCCCCUGCCAGCCGAGGCCGCGCUCGCUCGCUCACACUGCGCAGCGCCCUGUACCGCGCCGGGGGCGCCUACGGGCGGGGCUCCCCCGAGCUGCUGCUAGAGGGCGCAGAGACCGUGACCCCCGUCGUGGACCCCGUCGGGUACCGGUCCUUGUGGUACACGAGCGUGGGGUUCGGCGGCCUGGUGCAGCUGCGGAGCGGCGAGAGGGUGUAUGUCAACAUCAGUCACCCGGACAUGGUGGACUGCAGGAGAGGGAAGACCUUCUUCGGGGCGGUGAUGGUGGGGUGACAGCCGUCUGCAUCCCAGGGAGGAUGGACUGACGAUGCGAAUGUGUCGAUCGUGACGUCCCGAGACUCGGGGAGCCUGGGACCCCGUGAUCGGGGGAGGGGAGGGACGGAUUGUAAGGACAUGGAUUUUGGAAAUAAAGAAUGCAAACUA